AUGGACAAGCAUGUCCCUGACCAGGAACAGCGUUACCUGAAGUAUCUGUCCACUUUAGAGGCGACAAGGAAGCAGUACUUAUUAGAUGCUGCCUCCCACCAGCAGCAAAUCGAACAGUUAAGGUCUCAGUGCCAAGAAGUUGUUAGUCGUGUAGACAAAGAAUGGGCAUCUUUCCAAGAGCACAAGAGGGCAAUAGCCCUGUACGGCCCCAAUCGUGUUGGAAAACAAGUCUCACCUGCCCUAAUUCAAGAGGUGGAACAACUACAGGCUAAAGAAGACCGCAAACAGAAAGAGGUCAUACAAGUGCGCUUGGAGAAUAUAAAGUUGAAAAAUAAGAUCAACCAAUUUGAAUCCAUCUUGAGAUCCAAAGAGGAGUUGUCCGAAGGCCUGCACCUUAUUGACUUUGAGCAGCUAAAGAUUGAAAAUCAAACAUAUAACGAGAAGAUUGAGGAGCGAAAUGAGGAACUAUUGAAGCUCAGAAAAAAGAUAACCAACACAGUGCAAGUGCUAACCCAUGUCAAAGAAAAACUACAGUUUAUACAAGCGGAAAAUCAAGAACAGAGGGACAGACUGAUGCAAGUGGAUGCAUUGGUGGCACAGAAAAGGGACAUUUUGACCAAAACCAAGCAGGCUAGAGAUAGUUUAAGAAUAGACAACCUGAAACUCAAACAACAGUGUGGGCUGCUAGGCAACAAGACACUUCUCAGAGAUUUUGAAGACAAAGUAGAUGCCACUGAGGAGCUGCAAAAAAAGCUGGAAAAUCUAAAGCGUCGCCAUGCUGAGCUUACUCUAGCUAGUAAAGGGAUGGUAAAGAAAAUAGAGGUGGCUAAAUCAUCAAUACUUGAUUAA